UCGGGGAGGAACUGCGCUCCGGCCGAGUCCUCCGCCGGCGGGCGGGGAGGGGAGCGGAGGGGGCUCCCGGGGCGCUGGGGGCCGCCCGCCGCGGGGGGACGCGCGCCCCCCGCCGCCGCCGCCUACCGCGAGGCUCCAGACAAAACCCCGAUUCACAAGUAGGUUGCGGGCGGCUGGCGAGGAGUGGCUCGGCCCGCACCCGGGACCCCAGCCGCCCCGGCCCCGGCGCCGGCCCGCCGGCCGGGGGUCGCGAUGAGCCAGGUGCUGGGGAAGCCGCAGCCGCAGAACGAGGACGACGACGACGAGGAGGAGGAGGACGAGCUGGUGGGGCUAGCGGACUACGGGGACGGCCCCGACUCCUCCGACGCCGAUCUGGACAGCGGGGCGGAGGAGGGAGUUCUGGACUUCAGUGAUCCCUUCAGCUCUGAGGUGAAGCCAAGAAUCCUGCUCAUGGGCCUGAGAAGAAGCGGCAAGUCUUCUAUUCAGAAAGUUGUCUUUCACAAAAUGUCUCCCAACGAAACACUGUUCUUGGAGAGUACUAACAAGAUAUGCCGGGAGGACGUUUCCAACAGCUCCUUUGUCAAUUUUCAGAUUUGGGACUUCCCAGGACAGAUUGACUUUUUUGAUCCCACGUUUGACUAUGAGAUGAUCUUCAGAGGAACUGGAGCACUAAUAUUUGUCAUCGACUCCCAGGAUGACUACAUGGAAGCCCUGGCCAGGCUCCAUCUCACAGUGACCAGGGCCUAUAAGGUGAACACUGACAUCAACUUUGAGGUAUUUAUUCAUAAAGUGGAUGGUCUGUCAGAUGACCACAAGAUUGAAACCCAAAGAGACAUUCACCAGAGGGCAAAUGAUGACCUUGCGGAUGCUGGAUUAGAAAAAAUUCACCUCAGCUUUUACUUGACAAGCAUAUAUGAUCAUUCAAUAUUUGAAGCUUUUAGCAAAGUGGUUCAGAAACUGAUUCCCCAACUCCCAACUCUAGAGAAUUUGCUGAACAUCUUUAUCUCAAAUUCUGGAAUUGAAAAGGCAUUUCUAUUCGAUGUGGUCAGUAAAAUUUAUAUUGCUACUGAUAGCACUCCAGUGGAUAUGCAAACCUAUGAACUCUGCUGUGAUAUGAUAGAUGUGGUUAUUGACAUCUCUUGUAUUUAUGGUCUCAAAGAAGAUGGUGCAGGAACCCCCUAUGACAAGGAAUCUACAGCCAUUAUAAAGCUGAAUAAUACAACAGUUCUUUACUUAAAAGAGGUGACAAAGUUCCUGGCUCUCGUUUGCUUUGUGAGAGAGGAAAGCUUUGAAAGAAAAGGGCUUAUUGACUAUAAUUUUCAUUGUUUCCGGAAGGCCAUCCAUGAAGUUUUUGAGGUGAGAAUGAAAGUGGUGAAAUCUCGAAAGGUUCAGAAUCGGCUACAGAAAAAAAAGGGGGCCACCCCUAAUGGGACCCCUCGAGUGCUGCUGUAGGCGAGGCUGCAGGAACAUCUUUGAAAUCAGACCUUUUCAAUGAGUCUGCUGCACCAUAUUGCACUAAAGAAAGAUGAAGAAGGAGACUGGAACACAUGACAUGGAUUUAUUGUUUUAAAAAUUCCUGCAACCCUCUUAAUCGUCUCUUUUUUUAAAUAAAGUAAGCACUUUGAAGCAAAAGCUUGUAUAUUAACCAUGAAGUGAAAUCCACUGUACUUUCCUUACAGAAAUGUAAACUUCUAUGGUCAGUAGUUAGAAAAUCCCGUGUGAGAACUGCCAAGAAUUGUACAUAUUUUGCACUUUUUCAUGUUUUCUCGUUGAACUGAACUUUGAUAAAAUGACUUUUCUAAACUCUUUUCUGUACUUGUGUCAAGGACAUGCAUACUGUAGCUCAUAUGCUAGGCAAUCAGAAAUUAAUCAAAAUGAUGCAUUGGUAAGGACUUUUUAUAAAUUUGGGACUCUUUGCUAUAAUUGUUGAAAGAAAUCAUUUUUCAGUGGGGCUGAAACAGAUUGGAGCUGCAAGCUCCAGGAGCAAUAAGAACUGUCCCCUAUUUAUAACGAGUGUAAACAGUUUCGUAGAAUAAUUUUAGCAUCAAACAUAUCUAAAAAUUUCUAUUACUAUGGCUGUACUUCCUAAAUCAACAGUUUCUAUGAAGCCCUUUACCUCAGUAUAAACCUCUAUAAAUCACUUUGUAUAGAUAAGUGAUUUUUUUAACUGCAUUAUUAUUCUUUAGAACUUUGGGGACCAGAUUUCCAAAAUGGUGCCGAUCACUGGGGAGAAAUAAGAAUGUUGCUGAGGUCUGAUUUCUAGAGACUCUUCUGUACCUGCCACUUGGGGCUAAAGUAACAUCAGCGGUUACAGGUUUAGCAAAUGCAGGGGAUUGGCAACUGCAGCCUCACAUACAUAGAUGUCACUCUGUAUGUUUGGCCCCUGUGCAGAGGCCUGUUGUGCAACCUUUAAAAUCUUGUUUAGGACCAGUUUUGUUUUGUUUUUUAAAAUUGCUCCAUAGCCACAGAGUGAAUAGAGCAAAUCUCCACCAUGGAACUGUUGGCUGUCUUUAUAUCACCUGUAUCACCUUUUCAUCUGUGAUAAUGUGCCUCCCAUCCAGUAUCUGUUCUCAUAGUACGACGAGCUCAGCUUGCACUCAGCAUGCUCUGCAAGGCUGAAGAGCCAUACUGAAAACCCUAUCAAUAGUGACAAAAGAUAGCUAGAUGAGGAACUACAGCUUUGCAAUUGUUUCCAAGACAUUUCUUCACUUAUGUUUACCUUAGAGUAGCAGAAAAUGGGGUCCUGACUACUCCUAUGCCAAACCAUUCCAAGUAGGUAAUUCUGUAUCCAUCUCAAGGAUUAGUACUCUAUGGCAUACUUGAGGGGCAUUAGAAAAAAAUAUUUAAAAAGCAGAGCCUCCUAGAGACAAGAAAGUCAGUCCUAACAAAACGUACAAAGUCUCUAAAACAACUUGUCCUUAAAACUCUCCCACUUAUCUCAGUGGCUUUUUUUCAUCCUUUCUUUCUCCCUAGUCCCAAAUCCUACUGCUUUAAAGGUGGUAACUAAAAUUGAAGAUGGUAGUUUGUUGAGGUUUAAGGUUUGAGCUUCCCAAGAGUCUGCAUGUUGAAAGAUUUCUAAAAAUCAUUAGGGUACCCUAAUUCCCCUCUUCACAUUUUCUACUCAGUAACUUAGAUGGUUAGGAGCCUAAAGUUCCAGGGAAGUCUUUUCCGUAACUUCGGGGCUAAUCCUGUUGAACUGUUGCUAACAGACCUGGCUUGUGUGGGUUAUUUGUAUGGAUAUAAUUCUUGAAAAAUUUUUAUGGAAUGUUUUUCUUUGGAUAAGCAAAUAAAAGAGUCAAGUUUCUAAUAUAACUUUAUCCUCAAGAAAGAGACCCUUGCCUAUUUGGUAAAUCACACUUUAGUGUAUAUAUAUUAUUAUAACCAAGUAGAACUUCCACUUUUAAGCUGGGUAUAUGAUGGGUUUUGUUAAAAAUGUGCCUUAAAAAGCCUAUUACUUCAAGAGCAAGUGAUUCUUUGGGGAAAGGGCAAAAAUAAUCCUAUGACCUAGGACCCAAGUUUGUGGUAGUAAGUGCACUCUUUGGUUAAUCACAUGUUAAUUAAUAUAAAUUACUGCUUCAAAUCUUGUGUGACAAUGACCUCUUAAUUAAAGAUAUAGGAGUUAUAUGUAAGUGUUCAUUUUUUUUAAAAGUCUGCUGUUGAAAUUUCAACACCUCUUUAAGUACUUUUACAUUUUCUCUUUCUAUGGGUGUUAGGUUUUGGCAAUCUCUGUGGUCACAUUUCAUGCUUAAACAUGGCUAUAAAGUCAAAACACAUGGUAGUUUUAAUGGUUGAGAACUUGACCUGCAGGUUUCUAGAGCAGGGCAGACCUUUGCCUUUUGAGUCAGUUAGAACUUCUUAACAGAGGUGAAAUUCUGUAUCACCUUUGGUUAUUUUCAGUGAUGUAGAUUAGCAUGAAUGACCAGUAUGGAGUCUUUUUAAAGGAAUAUAAAUAAAAAACCUGGUGAAUAUUCACAAAUAGUGUUAUUUUGUGAACAUAAUCUAUUUUGGACCCUUAAAUAAAAUAGCUAAAAAUCAUAGCAAUACUGUUAUGUGUGGGUUAUAUGUCAACUCUGUUUGAAACACACUCCAGAAAAAUAGCUGACCUUUUGUGAUGAUUAAAAUACGGCAUGUGUUCAACUUUG